ACUAAAAACAAAUCUAGACUUUUUCCUACCAAAUACUAUACAAUAAUAUUAAAUUAAUAUGUCCCACUUUAAUAAUUAAAAUUAAAUUAAACUUUAUGACUUUUUCUAAAGUCAAACUUAUGUAAUAUAUAUACCCACCUCUAUAUAUAUAUAUUAUCUUGUCUUGUGCUUCUUCUUCAUCCCCCCAAAUAUUGCCUAAUCUCAUACCAUCUCUUAAAAAAAAUGGUUAAUUUAGAAAUAUUAACCAAAUUUAAUCCAACAAUAUCAUGUUUUAGAGGAGCUUCAUUGUUAUUAUUAUGUACAAAUCCAAGAAUAAAGCUUAUAUUAUGUGAAGGUAACACAAAAGUAUUAAAAGGGCGUACAAAAAUCAAAGCAGGAGAGAUCAUGUUUGAGUUUCCGGAUUGUGUUGUGUGUCACGCAGACUCCUUCAUUCUAGGUCGUCCGAUCCCAGUCCUAGCCAUCCACGACUACCUCGUGGCUGGCCGUACAUACUUUGUCCUCCCCCUUGACCGCCUUCCUCGUGGUGGACCACCCCUCUCCGCGGCCUCCUUGCAGUCCCUCUCAACACCUUCUCCUAACAACAACGGUAACAAUAACAAUAUUAUUAGUAGUUGCCCUAGUAAUAAAAGUAACAAUAAUAGUUAUUGUAAGUUGUUUAGUGGUGGUAAUGACAAUGGUAAUAAAAGUCCUUUUGAGUAUAUUAAGGAUAAAGAUGGUAGAGUACUUAUGAUUAAGGUUGUACCUGAGUUUAUUACUAGGAUUAUUACUGCUAAUAAUAAUAAUAAUAAUAAUAAUAGUCCAUCUAAUAGUCCUAAUAAUACACUUAUAUGUACAACACCGGAGUUGCAAAAACAAUAUGAACAACUUGUUAGGGCUAAAGAUCAAGGAUGGUCUCCAAAACUCGAAACGAUUUCCGAGCACAAGAUGAGAGCUUCUCCUACUUCUAAGUUAUUGAGAUUGGAAUGGAUACAAAUCAAGCUAAAAUAAUGAAAAAAUGUAUUUAUAGUUUUCUUUAAAAAAAAAUUAGCACAUAAGUAGUUUUUUUUUUAGAAAGGUUUUAAUUUUAGGGUAGCUUUUUGGUUGGUGAUCUAGAGUGAUCAAUAUUUUUUUAUUAUGUGAUUAUGUAUAUGAUGCUAAUUUAAUGAAAAGUUUAGCAUGCAUCAUGAUAUA